UGAUACACUCCGAUACCAACCAACAGGUCCACUUCGGGCUCAGUAGCAACUUCAUAUUCCCGUGUGAAAUCCUACUAGAUACAGACCGCCGUCAUGGUGAACAUCACGGAGAAGAUCAAGGAGAUCGAGGAUGAGAUGAAGAGGACGCAGAAGAACAAGGCAACUGAAUAUCAUCUCGGUCUUCUCAAAGGAAAACUCGCACGUCUCCGCGCACAACUACUCGAGCCAGCGCCAGGCGCAGGUUCCGGUGGCGGCACUGGAUUCGAUGUCUCCAAAAGCGGCGACGCACGUAUAGCUCUGGUUGGCUUCCCGUCGGUCGGCAAAUCUACCUUUCUGUCAAAGAUCACGAAGACCAAGUCGGAAGUUGCGGCUUACGCUUUCACAACUCUUACGGCUAUUCCAGGUGUACUUGAGUAUGGCGGAGCAGAGAUCCAAAUCCUGGAUUUGCCCGGUAUCAUCGAGGGGGCUGCGGAAGGAAAGGGAAGAGGAAGACAGGUCAUCUCAGCUGCGAAGACGAGCGACCUGAUCCUCAUGAUACUGGAUGCGACCAAGAAGGCAGAGCAGAGGCGGUUACUCGAGCAAGAGCUGGAAGCUGUCGGCAUCCGGUUGAACAGGGAGCCACCUAACAUAUACCUCAAGCCAAAAAAAGCCGGCGGUAUGAAAAUCACCUUCCAAGCAACCCCCAAAUACCUCGACGAGAAAAUGCUCUACAACAUCCUCCGCGACUACAAGAUGCUCAACUGCGAAGUCCUCGUGCGCGACGAAAACGCCACCGUCGAUGACUUCAUCGACACUAUUAUGAAAGACCACCGGAAGUACAUUCGCUGCCUGUACGUCUACAACAAGAUCGACAGCGUCUCGCUCGACUUCCUGGACGCGCUCGCCCGCGAGCCGCACACCGUCGUCAUGUCGUGCGAGCUGGACUUGGGAAUCCAGGAUGUGGUCGAGCGGUGCUGGGAAGAGUUGAGACUGAUUCGGGUGUAUACGAAGAGGAAGGGCAUCGAGCCUGAUUUUGGCGAGGCGCUUAUCGUGAGGAAUGGGAGCACGAUUGAGGAUGUGUGCGAUCAGAUUCAUAGGACGCUGAAGGAGACGUUCAAGUAUGCGCUUGUGUGGGGCGCGAGCGCGAGGCAUGUGCCGCAGAGGGUUGGACUGGGACAUGUGGUCGCGGAUGAGGAUGUGGUGAGCAUUGUGGCGAAGUAGACGGCAUAUAUUAAGCUCUUCAGUAUGAGGAGUGCAACCAAGGCUUAGGCUUAAGAUGGCCUUUAGGAAAAGAGUCCAGUGGCGUACACCACUGUCCAGUAGGAAUAUGCUAAAUACACCUAGUCUCUCUGGGCGGGCCUGAACUGCCACC